GCCUGUUUGCCUCCCCCUCUCCUGCUCACAAGAGUACAGUAACACACCAGUCCUCUCGUAGUGGCAGCAGCCGACACAAGCGUGUCUCUCCUCGUAGCUCCAGUUUCUGCUCUGCAUAUAAACUAGCCAUUUAUCAUCAGUCAUGGCCGCCGGAGUACAAAUUUAACUCCCGUCUUUCCUCCCUGUGGUUCGGAGGGGAGGCUUUUUUCUUUCUUUUUGUUGGUGUUUGUUUCAGGAAGUAAGAGGGGGAAAAAAACAUAGAAAUAUUAGUGCCACACACUGAUUUGGAUAUCCUCUCGGAAUUACAAUACAUCUCACAAGGGAAAUACCAUUCAUGUCAAUACUUCAACAUGCAGCCGCCGCCGAGGAAGGUCAAAGUGACACAGGAGCUGAAAAACACUCACACAGAGCAGAUGACAAGACUGCACUUUAAACACCAGACCGAAUGUGACCUGCUUGAAGACAUGAGGAGCUAUAGUCUGAAGAAAGGACAACUGGAGCGGGACUAUGCACAGGCUCUGCAGAAGUUAGCGAGUCAGUACCUAAAGAGAGACUGGCCUGGAAUCAACCCCGAUGACCAGAGAACAGACUAUAGGAAUGUGUAUGCAGUGUGGAGGUCCUAUUUAGAAGGUACAGUCCAGGUGAGCCAGUCCAGGCUCAAUGUAUGCGACAAUUACAAGAGUCAAAUAUCAGAGCCCGCUAAGACUGUUAGACUGUACAAGGAGCAGCAGCUUAAAAAGACAAUAGAUCAGCUGAGCGGCAUUCAAGCAGAGCUGCAGGAGUCAGUGAAGGAGUUGGCCAAAGCUAAGAAAAAAUACUACGACUGCGAGCAGGUUGCCCACGCUAUACGAGAGAAGGCCGACAUCGAGGCAAAGUCUAAACUGGGUCUUUUUCAGUCAAGAAUUAGUUUACAGAAAGCAAGUGUAAAGUUGAAAGCAAAAAGAAGUGACUGUAACUCAAAGGCAACACAGGCCAGGAAUGACUACUUGCUAACGCUAGCUGCUGCCAAUGCUCACCACGAUCGCUACUACCAUACAGAUCUGCUGCACUGCAUACAGGCCUUGGACGGCAGAAUCUAUGAGCACGUCAAAGACUACCUGGUGGCACUUUGUCGCACUGAGCUUGAGGCCUCCCAGGCUACACACAACACUUACCAGUUCCUUUUGGACAAAUCCACCAGGAUAAUGCAGGAGUACAACCAGCAGUUGUUCAUGCAAGAGAAUCCGGUAUUUCACAAAGCGCACGACUUCCAGUUCCAGCCCAGUGAAUGUGACACGACUCUGAGCUCGGUGCAGCAGUUGGUGGACAUUGAGCCGUCGCCCGUCAGUGCCAUGAGAAUGACCCUGGCACAGAGUCGUCAGCUGGAGUCGGAGUCGGGGACGACAGAGGAGCACAGUCUGAACAAGGAGGCCAGGAAAUGGGCAACCAGGGUGGCCAGAGAGCACAAGAAUAUCAUUCACUACAAGCGAUCUCUGGAGGAGUGUGAGAGCCACGGCUUGCCUCCCACAGAGCAGGGAAGAUUAGAUCUGGAGAUGAAGAUCGAAGACACCAAAGAAAACAUGCGCAAAGCCGAGACAAUAAAGUUGAAAGCUGAAGCUCGGCUGGACCUUCUACGCCAAGUUGGGGUUGCCGUGGAUACCUGGCUAAAGAGCGCCAUGAACCAGGUGAUGGAGGAGCUGGAGAAUGAACGUUGGGCCAGCUACACUUCCCACGACCCCUCACUGUCGGGCACAGUGGACCUGGAGCGUGAAGAGGGUGAAGAGUGUGAGGAGAAUAUGGAGGUUUUUGAUGACAGCAGCUCCAGCCCUUCGGGGACCCUCCGCAACUACCCGCUAACCUGCAAAGUCCUGUAUUCAUACAAGGCCUCCCAACCAGAUGAAUUAACUAUCGAUGAACAGGAGAUGUUGGAGGUCAUUGAGGACGGAGACAUGGAGGACUGGGUUAAGGCACGCAAUAAGGCAGGUCAGGUGGGUUAUGUCCCAGAGAAAUACCUGCAGUUCCCGACCUCCAACAGUCUGCUGAGCAUGCUCCAGUCUCUGGCUACGCUCGAUGCUCGGUCACACACCUCGUCUAAUUCAACAGAGCCAGAGCUGCACUCGGGCUGCAUAAACGGAGACACGAAUAUGGUGUAUGUGCGUGCACUUUAUGAUUACGAGGGUCAGGCAGAUGAGGAACUCUCCUUUUCCGAGGGAGCUGUGAUCCGCCUGUUGAGCCGUGACACUCAGACAGACGACGGCUUCUGGGAGGGGGAGCUGAACGGGCGGGUGGGCGUUUUCCCCUCCGUGUUGGUAGAAGAUCUUACAGAGAAUGGAGAGACCAGCGCGGGAGGGACAGGUGACACACAGAUCUCUCCUUCUUUGAAACUGCCAUCUUCUCUGCCACCUCUUCCGCUGUACGACCAGCCUCCCAUCAGCCCCUUCACCAGCCCCGAGACUUCCACCCCACCUCCUCUGCCACGUUCCCCUUCCACUGCUCUUAAUGGGGAGCACAAGCUUCCUCUGCCUGCCUCGUCACACAAAGGACCGCUGUCAGCUCACAAUCAAAGCUCUGGCAGGAGUCCAGUGUCUCCAGGAUUUGCUAAGACUCAGCCGCCAAGAUUCACUCCUGAAGGAGGCCCGGGCAAACUACGACCUGUGCGAGCCGCUCCUCCUCCACCCAAGCAGCACCCCCGCCGACAGCAGGAGAAGAGCGACAAGACGGAGGAGGUGGAGAUCACGCUGGUGUGACAGACAAACAAACUGACAGCCGGUUAUAGGCGCACAAACAGAAAUGAAAACAGAUGAAAGGCAGAUGUAUCCUACAGGCUUGGGAACUGAAGUGAAGUUAAAUAAAGUGAUGUGAAGUAAACUGAACUGAACCACGCUGACCCCUCCCCCCGCCCCAAUCUCCUGAACUCCUGGCUGCUCCGUAUCUUCUCCCUUUGAGCUGAAGGGGAGGAGAGCAGAGAGAGGGGACAAAGGCAGACUAUCCAAUGUAAUAAUCUCCAUAUUAGCUUCCUAAUGAAGUGCAGCAGUAGCCCACACACCCCCGAUCCCUUCACCCUACCACGUCCUUUCAUUCUUGCCUUAAAACCUCACCUCAUUGGGCAGCAGAUCACACCAUGGUGAAGCAGAGGAAGAAUGUCAGGAGAGGAGGAGGAUGGGGAAAAAGCUAUUUGUGACAGAUGACAGAUUUGGCAAGUUUUCUGUUGUCAAGCUUUCCAAUAAGACCACUUAUCUUUCUGCAGGGGCAGAUCAGAGUCAAUAUUUAGAUUUUUUCUCUUCCCAAGAAAUAACCAUGAAUCAUGAGAAACGUUUUGAAGCCCCAAGAACUGACAAACUGUAGUAAAAGGUUAUCAGACAAACCAAACAUAUAACUCAAUACACUAUAACUAUAAAACUAGGGUGGGAUGGAGGCAGAUGAUUGAUUGUGGCGACCCCUAAAGGCAGAAGCUGACUUAAAUGGCAGUCCACAUGAACAGCUGAUAACUUAGUAUGGAUCUAGUUGGCAGAUAUCAUACAGGAUGCAAUAUUUACUUUGCUUUAGCCUGUUUACAGUUAUCACACAUCUGCAAGCCACUUUGCAACCCAGCUCAUGCUUUUCAUGCUGUGUGCGAUUUAAUCAAUGAUGAGUGUUGCUUGCAGCGUCCUGUACAGAUGUUGGUUUGGUCCAAAGAAGAGAGCCCAAUCUAAAUCAGUGCAGAUGGAAAUAAACAAUCUGCUUUUUGCUACUGUAUUCCCGGGGGCAUUUAGUUUUUGUUUUUAAAAAAGUCCGGUUCUUAUCUGAUACCUUUUCCUUACCUUUUGUGAGUGUUGUGGGCCCAUCCAAAGAAAGCUGGCUGAAAUGUAAGUAAAAACUUGCCAAGUCUGUCACGUUUUUGGAGAGCAGUGGAGAACGAAGUGAACGACCAGAGAAACUGAGCGGUGUGCGUGGACGCAGCGUCCCUCUCCUUAGGCCUUCCCUUGCCAUAUAUAGUCAUUAUCAUCAUACGUAUUUAAUGUGUAAUAGUACAGUACAUUACUGUCGUCAUAGGAAUGUUAUGCUCAGCAUUUCAUAUAGACUAACUCAGCUGAAUGGAAUACCAUGUCUGAUAUGUAGUGGAAGUUUUAUCUUCAUCUUAUACUGAAAGGGCAUUGUAAAUACAGCAGGAAGGAGAGCUCAAAGGAGGGAGAGGAUGAAAGAAAACGAGAGAUAAAGGAGGCUGGAUCCUUCCCUCUGCUCUUAGCAUCACCUCUCUUCCCGUCCCUCCUUUACGUCUCUCCCUCUUUCCUCUAAAGACGAUUCUGUCCAUUGGCAGUCAGCGUGAAUCAGUGACUGUCAUAUACAUACAUACAUUAUACGACAUACGCGUUGCUAUAUCUUCUCUCAUUCUGUGCGCCGAUUGUCUGUAUCACUGAUUGGUUCAGAGAUGCGCUGCUGGUGCUUUUAAAGGCACUCAAAUUGUUGGUAUUCACUAUGUGGCAACAAAGAAAAGUUUUAUUUCAGAUGAUGUAGACACAGGAAAUUAUUUGUGGCCGAGACUUCUUAUUAGCACAGAAUGAACUGUAUAGCUUUCAUCCCUCUCAUGCCAAUUUGUUCACUGUUCAGUUCAACUAAGACGCACGUUUACUUGACGCUCAUUACAUUUGCAGAUAUAAUUUUUCUCUCGUCUCGCCGAGCAAAGCCACCACAUCUUGUGUCCUAAUGCUAGAAACAGAAAACAAAAGAGGUGUGUAGAGGAAAAAAAACAAACUAAAUGGACAGAACUAGCAAAUGACAUUCAAAUGGAGCUAAGUACAAAUCUUUUGUGUGUGUGUGUGUGGGUUUUUUUUUUUUUUUUUUUUUUAACUCAAA